AUGAGUAGCACGCUUCUGAAAUACUUUCUCCAGGAUGAUGUGGACAGUUUCAAGCGCUUGCUGGCAAACAUUAGCAAUGCGCCGACUGGCCAACGUUCGGCGGUAGGAAGCAUCACCCCCAAGAUCGAAAGUCCCAAGCUCGGCUCGUCCCCAAAUCCUUCGUCGCGAAACAAGAAAACCGCCGGAGCCUCGCCAGGCGCAUCGUCAUUUUCUGACCGCAAUACCACUGUACGAGGUCAACCGACAUCAUGGUCUCGAGCGCAAGUGAAUGCCCGCGAUCAGCAGGGACGAACCAUCUUGCAUCUUAUAUCCUCGUCUACCAAACCCACGGCGGUUGACUUUGCAAAUGCUCUUCUGGAAACACCAUUUGUCGAUAUAUACGCGCAGGAUUCAGAGAGUGGGUGGACAGCUCUACAUAGAGCCCUAUAUGCCGGAAACGCCGCAGUUGCACAAGCUUUGAUCGCGAGGGAUGUACCAGAUUUCAGUGCGCUGAAUAACACGCAAAAUCCCGGCAAAGCUUUGAUAAAGAUAAAAGAUCGUGAGGGAAAUAGCCCAUUUGAUGUUUUUGGUGCGACGAUCGUUGGGCGUGAUAUCAAGCAAAUCGUGUCUCUUGACGGGAAACCAUUUCAAAAAUUGACGACCGCAGCUGAUGGUGAUAGCGAUGUUUCAUCUACAAACAAUUCUGCCUACGAGGGUGACGAUGCUGAAGAUGGAGUUUAUUCAAGAGCAGUGUUGAAACCACGCAUCAAUCUGCUGGCCGACGAGGUUUUCACAUUCGGUAGCAACAAAAAUAUGACUCUCGGCCUAGGAGACGAGGAUGACCGGCAGUUCCCCGAAAGAAUAUCACUGGAACGUCCUCGUCAUUUGCUUCAGCGCUUUUACCGCGAAAGAGAAGGACGCUUGCAUAACCGAGAGUCGGAGACAGACACCAGUCAAGAUAGUCCUCAAAGUGAUCUUCCGACGCUCGUGGAAAGCAAACCGAUCGUUUUUCAAGACAUUUCUAUGUCUAAGCUUCACACAGCAAUAUUGACAAAUGACCCUGAGUCCAAUUUAUACAUGUCUGGCUUCGGACCCGGAGGUCGUUUGGGCACUGGGGACGAGGCUACCAGAUUCCAUUUUGUGUGUAUCGAAACUGGAGGGCUCGUUGGCAAGAAAGUCAUAUCUGUAGCCCUUGGUCAGGAUCACUCUAUUGCAAUUUCGGAGCAAGGUGAGAUUUUCACUUGGGGAAGUAAUAAAUACGGCCAAUUGGGAUAUAACCUCCCACGAACGAGUAACAAGAACGACAUCCCGAUUCAAAGCACGCCGCGACAGAUCUUCAAUCCAUUCAAGCGAGAAAUCAUUCUGGGAGCAGCCGCCUCCGCGAUUCACUCCGUUGUGUUCAGCAAUUCAGGUCUCUACACUUUUGGCAAAAACGAGGGACAACUUGGCUUGGUUGAUUCUGAUGCACGCUCGCUUGAAGUCCAAGUAACACCACGACGUGUCGGGGUGUCAUUGUUUAGCUCGCCAAUCCGCAUGGUUUCAGCUAUCGACAGAGCUACCGCAGUCCUUCUUGAAAGCAGUGAAGUAUGGGUUUUCACACAAUACGGUUAUUCUAAAGUUGCAUUCCCUCUUGAUUUCAGUUCAUAUUUUAUCAAGGAAAGCUUCCUUUCUACGAGGUAUGGGGACGCAGUCAAUAAGAUUGUCAAAAUCACCUCUGGUAGGAACACGAUCUGUGCACUCUCUACUUUUGGUGAAGUGUACACUGUCCAAGUGAACAACAAAUCUGAGAAUACUUCAACCACCUCUUCAACUACAAACCCAGCCAAGAUUCGGAAUUCGUUAACGACUCCAGAACGUGUUUGGUCCGUGGGAAAGUCUCACAUGGUCGCCGCAGAUGUUGAUGUCGGGCAGGAUGGAUCUAUUAUCAUCUGCACAACCUCUGGAUCGGCAUGGAGAAAGGAGAAGAGAAUUCAGAUCAAGGAAUCUAACUCAAAGGAUUAUAAAUUCGUGCGAAUUCCUGGUUUAUCUAGAGUCACCGCGGUGAGAAGCAACGCUUUUGGUGCUUUUGCAGCUUCCCAAAGAGACUGCGACGUUACAAAGGAGCAGGUUACAAUUUCUCCUUCCUCGUUAUGGCACGACCUUCUCGAACUCCUGCCUUUCAAGUCUCUAGGGGGUAAUCUGGAAGAUGAUAUGACCGCCACUGGGUCCCAGGUCGCCAGGAUUAAGGCCGCUAUAUUUUUUUCAUCUGACAUUGAAAGUGAAAUCCGACCGAUUGUUCAAGCGAGUUCGUUGAGCAAGUCAAGAGGCGUGGUCUGGGUCAAGAGUACUUUGUCCGAUACGCGGGUUCCUUGUCAUGAAUUUGUUCUAGCAUGUCGGAGCUCUAUUUUGCGAACAGCAUUGAGCGAGUUUCGACGAACGAAGUCCUUCUCGAUGCCCGACUUCAUGACAAUUGAACUUGACCGCAACGGUGAAACUCAGAUGACCUACCGAGGAGUGGAUUUCCUCUCACUUCUAAACCUCGUGCUUUUUAUAUACACCGAUGAUGUGUUGGAUAUAUGGCGCAAUGUCAGACAUGACUCGGUCAAUGCGUAUCGGUAUCGACAGGUACGAACUGAGGUUAUGCGUAUUGCUACCCAUUUGGAAAUCAAGUCCCUUGAACGAGCAGCCCGGGUGAUGGUCGAACCCGCUCAGACGUUAAAUCUUGAUAUUAGGACAGCAUUCGUUGAUCCCCGCUUUUUUGAGAGCAGCGAUGUUGCGAUUCAACUGAAGGACGCGACAGUUCGCGCACACAGCGAGUUGCUUUGCCAAAGAUGUCCUUUCUUCGAUGGCCUUUUCCAUGGUCGUUCUAGCGGAAGAUGGCUCGAUUCCAGACGAAAUGAAGAUAUUAUUUCCGUGGAUCUCAAGGAUAUGGAUUCCCAUACGUUUGAAUUUGUCCUUCGCUACUUAUAUGGAGAUGAGGAAGAGGAGCAGCUUUUUGCCGAUGUCAGGGGUGUCCCCCUUGAUGAUUUUAUUGAUUUGGUCCUAGACGUCAUGUUUUCCGCAAACGAGCUUAUGAUUGAUCGACUAUCUGAGAUUUGUCAGAAAAUGCUUGGUCAAUUCGUAAAUACUCGCAAUGUUUGUCAUUUACUGAACGCAGUUGCACCCUGCACUGUGACUGAAUUCAAGGAAGCCGCUCUAGAGUAUAUUUGUCUUAACCUUGAAACCAUGCUAGAAAAUAGGCUCCUCGGCGAUCUGGAAGUGGAUUUGAUGGAUGAGCUCGACUCAGUCUGCCAAGAAAAUCAACUCGCUCGGUACCCUGUGUCUCGCGGUCGAAACUCGGAGCAAUUCAUGUUCGAGAAGUACCCGGAAUUAAUCACUCUUGUUCAAAUUGACCGGCAAAGGAGAAUCGACUCCAUGAGACUCAGCUCGCGACGUGACCAGGACGAGCUGUAUGAUAAGAUACGAAUAGGUGGAUUUGAUAAGGCUACCCCAUCACCAUCUGCUCGCAAAAUCAAGGCUCUUCAGUCUAACGAAAAUAAGUCACUAACAAGCACUCCACUACUCAAAGCUAGGCAGUCUACUGGUGACUUGAUGUUUCAAAUGGACGACGAAAGCGCAACGUCUCCAGUUCCACUUCGAAAGGGCAAGAUGUCCAUGACUACAGCGAUUCCAGAUGAUCUGGGUGAAAUACCUCAGGCUACCAUUCCUUCCCUGUCCCUGAGCCACGGCGAGUCCUUUGGUGAUCCCAACAGCCUAGAUGAUAGAAUUGGGUCAAUUGAGAGCGGCGAAGUCGCAAGUUUCUUGGAAUCUCCUAGCCCAUUAGCGUCGAAGCUGCAUGCAGGCUCUCCUAGUCCAUCAACACCUCGCGGAGUACCAUGGGGUUCUCCUGUGGUAUCUGGCAAUAAGCGUGAUCUCAAAGGUAUCAUGGUAGAAACCUCGCAGUCACGCAUUUCAAAUCUUACGCUGGGCAUGUCAAACCGCGCAAACAACCAAUCAGGCAGCAGCUUCUCUCAAAAGAUGUCUCAACGAGAACGGAAAAAGCUCCAGCAAAUACAGGCCCAAGAAACCCUAGCUGCACAGCAGCGCGAAAGUGAUGCUCGGCAGUCCCCAUGGCAGCCAGUUCCCAAGAAACCUACCCAGGAUCUCAAAGACAACUUACCCGAGCCAACCGCUCAGAGAGCCCAAGUUAAAAUCACCCAGCGGCCAUCCAUGACCCUUCGGCAAACUGUGUCAGGGGCACCAUCUCCACGUCCAACGCCUAGCCCUGGUCUAUCGUCAAUAAUGUCCUCGUCAAACAAAAACGAAGGUCGAAGCUUCUCUCAACCCGCUCUACCCCCUUCUUCCACAGCAACGUCAGCAGGAGGAAAGCCCAGCCCAGGUCCAAGCAAACCCAAGCCAACUCCCAUCAAUUCAUCACCAUCUCCGGCUCAGCCGAUCAUCCAAUCCAUUCGCCACACCCCUCGCCCAGGAAGAUCCGUAUCCGGCGGUGGUCUAUCCUCAUCCAAUGACCAAUCAGCCUCCCUCGCAUCCAUUCUAUUACAACAACAGGCCGAAAAGGAUGAGAUUCACGAGGCGGCAACCGCGAAACACAACCUGCAGGAUAUCCAAGCGGAGCAAGAGUUUCAGGAGUGGUGGGACAAGGAAAGUAGACGUGUUAUGGAAGAAGAGGCCAGAGCAGCAGCUAUUGCAGCUGGGCGUGAACCUAGCAGUAGUAAUAAUAACAAAGGUCGACAGCGACGCAAGAAUCGUGGAGGAGAGCAGCAGCAGCAAUCAAGCAAAAAAGCCCAAACUCAGACACCUCGCGGAGACGAAAAAGGUCGGAAUCAUCGCCGACCCAAAAAGACACAGAACUCUGUUUAA